AUGUACGAUAGUACGUGUGGCGCUGCCGCCACGGGACAGUGUGGUAAAUCUCAGCGAGAAGGGGAUGGCCCUCCAACGCGAGAACCUCCGCCGGCUCCUCUUGAACGGGAUUACAGCGGUUUUGAUAUCGUAAAGGCAACCCAAUAUGGAGCCUUCUCCAGGGUCAAGGAACUGGUUGAAGCCGGCUGGGACGUGAACCAACCAGACCAUGAAACAGUCACUCUUUUACACUGGGCUGCUAUCAAUAACAGACGGGAGAUCAUUGAGUAUCUUCUAUCAAAGGGAGCGAAAGUAGAUGCCAUUGGUGGCGAGCUCCAAUCAACGCCUCUUCACUGGUCCACACGUCAAGGUCAUUUAGAAGCCACUGUCGCCUUGAUAAGGGCGGGUGGAGAUCCGUCUCUCAGAGAUGCCGAAGGUUGUGGCUGCCUGCAUUUGGCAGCGCAAUUCGGUCACACAGCUGUCGUGGCUUACUUGGUAGCACGAGGGGUGCCUCCGGACGCGCCCGACGCGGGCGGGAUGACCCCGCUCAUGUGGGCCAGCUGGAAGGUGUGUGCUGUGGAUCCGACCAGGCUCCUGCUAACCCUAGGCGCCUCCCCUCAACCUGCGGACCAUGCGCAUGGAAACACAGCGCUCCAUUGGGCAAUCCUAGCCAGAAACGCAACAGCCAUAUCUACACUUAUCCUUUAUGGAAAUGCAAGUUUGGAUAUACCUAACCUAAGAGGUGUGACGCCUUUAACUAUGUUGAAGAAUCAUACUGAUUCGCUGUGGGUCGGCGCCAAAGUAGCAGAUAAAAUAAAGGAACAAACCGCUGCCUUUUCAAAGAGAAAUAUCUUCCGCAGAUUAGCGUAUGACAAAAAGUUUCGAUGGUGGUGCGUCAUCAGCAUACCAUUUCUGGCUUUUUACGCAACCGGUUUGGUUCUCGAGAUGGACGGCCUCUACUUACUGAAGGGUUUCCUCCUCGUCUGUUUCUACGCACUAUUACACUUCUUCACCAAUGCACUCUUUGACGACGAUCUCAAAAAUAUAUUCCCGUUAAGUGUGUACCUGGCAACAAAGGUGUGGUUCUACAUAACGUGGGUGGUGAUGAUAGCGCCGGUGGUAGGUGGUGGCCAGACGGUGGCCUUCCUUCUAUGUUCGGUGUCUCUGUGGUACACAUUCCUUCGUUCAUGGCGUAGCGAUCCAGGCGUCAUCUACGCCUCAAGAGCUGAAAAGAUGAGAACUAUAAUCGAGUUAUCUGAGCGUGGUGGCGGCGGUGGGUUCGAGCCGGCUCGUUUCUGUUCCGCGUGUCUUCUCCGUCGUCCGCUCCGCUCUAAACACUGUUCGGUCUGUAACCGCUGCGUCGCCAAAUUCGACCACCACUGCCCUUGGGUAGCUAAUUGUAUCGGUGCGAAGAACCAUCACUACUUCAUCGGUUUCCUGGCCAGCCUGCUUGUGAUGUGCGUGUGGAUGCUGUGGGGCUCGGUUCAGUACUUCACGUCAGUGUGCGGCGCUGCGUCGGGCGGGGCGGUCGUGCUGGUGUGGCUCCAGUGCAGUCCGUGGCUCGCCUGGGUGUCACUGAACGCCGCCUUCCACCUGUUCUGGGUGACCGUGCUGUCGUGCUGCCAGCUGUACCUCGUGGUGUGCCUCGGCAUGACCACCAACGAGCAGUUGAACCGCGGCCGCUACAGACACUUCCAGGCUCGCGGCGGUCGCUCGCCCUUCACGCGCGGCCCCCUCAACAACCUGGCGGACUUCUUCCAGUGCCGCCUGUGCGGUCUGCUGGCUCCGCGGCCCCGCGACUGGUCCGCCGCCGGCCUCGACGACACCGAGCCCAUGUUGCCGCGCGACACUCACUACGUCUGA